CUUCUCUCCCGCAGGCGCGCCCCGAUCCGCGCCUUGCUUCGCCCCCGCCGUAGAAUCCGUCGUGCGCACGCGCGGACCGAGUGGCCGCCUCCGCCCCUCGCAGGGCUCGCGGCUGGGUUCGUGUCCGGCACCCGGGCAGAUACUGUAGGAGACGUCCGGGAGCCGGUGAACCGAGCGGUCUCGAGGGAGGGCGCGGGAGGUCGGGCGCUGGAAGAAGGACCGCGGGGGGCGGCUGCCGUGUCCACCGUGGCUGCGGAAAAUGGUGUUCGAGUCGGUGGUCGUAGACGUGUUGAACCGGUUCUUGGGGGACUAUGUGGUGAACCUGGAUACGUCCCAGCUCACUCUGGGCAUCUGGGGAGGAGCUGUGGCCUUGAAGAAUCUUGAAAUUAAAGAAAAUGCUCUGAGUCAACUGGAUGUACCUUUUAAAGUUAAAGUUGGUCAUAUAGGUAAUCUCAAUCUUACAAUUCCGUGGAAAAACCUGUAUACUCAACCAGUUGAAGCUUUUCUGGGAGACAUUUAUUUACUCAUAGUGCCUUCUUCUAAAAUAAAAUAUGAUCCUUUAAAAGAAGAAAAACAACUCUUGGAAGCAAAACAACAAGAACUUAAACGAAUAGAAGAAGCAAAACAAAAAAUAUUUGCUAUUGUAGACAAACUUCGGGUGGAAAAACAGGACACUUUUACAGAAAAAUUAAUUACUCAGAUCAUAAAAAAUCUUCAAGUGAAAAUUUCCAACAUCCAUAUUCGUUACGAGGAUGAUAUCACAAAUCGAGACAACCCGCUGUCAUUUGGUAUUUCCCUUCAAAAUCUCAGCAUGCAGACAACUGAUCAAAACUGGGUUCCAUGUUUACAUGAUGAAACUGAGAAACUGUUUCGUAAGUUAAUCCGAUUGGACAACCUUUUUGCCUAUUGGAAUGUGAAGUCUCAGUUGUUUUAUCUUAAUGAUUAUGAUGAAUCAUUGGACAGCUUGAGGAAGGGCAUUGUCUAUCGAAAUAUUGUUCCAGAAGGUUAUGAUUUUGUGUUUCGCCCCAUAUCUGCUAAUGCCAAACUUCAGAUGAAUCGGCGAUCAGAUUUUGACUUCUCUGCCCCCAAGAUAAACCUGGAAGUUGAGUUACAUGACAUAGCAAUUGAAUUUAAUAAACCACAGUAUUUCAGUGUUAUGGAGCUUCUUGAAUCAAUUGAUAUGAUGACGCAAAAUCUGCCAUACAGGAAAUUCAAACCUGAUGUACCUCUUCACUAUCAUGCCAGAGACUGGUGGGCUUAUGCUAUACAUGGUAUUCUUGAAGUAAAUGUCUGCCCCCGGUUACGGAUGUGGUCAUGGAAGCAUAUUAGAGAACACAGGCAAAAAAUGAAGCAGUAUAAAGAACUGUAUAAAAAAAAGAUAACAACUAAGAAGCCAGCUGGUGAAAUUCUCAUCUCUUUGGAGGAGUUGGAAAAGACCUUGGAUGUAUUUAAUAUAACUAUAUCAAGACAACAGGCAGAAGUUGAGGUAAAGAAAGCUGGAUAUAGGAUUUUCAGGGAAGGAGCAAAAGAUUCAGAGGAAAACAAAGGAUGGUUUAGCUGGCUGUGGACUUGGUCAGAACCAAAAAGUAAAGAACAACCAGAUGUUAAGCCUGGAAUUCUUGAAGAAAUGUUGACAUCUGAAGAAAAAGCUUUACUCUAUGAAGCAAUUGGCUAUAGUGAAACAGCAGUUGAUCCAACCUUGCCAAAAACAUUUGAAGCCAUGAAGUUCUUUGUUCACUUGAAAAGUAUGUCUGUUGUUCUAAGAGAAAAACGAGGGACGCCUGAGCUGUUAGAUAUUGUAGUAGAAGAAUUUAGCACUUUGAUUGUGCAAAGACCAGGAGCACAAGCCAUUAAAUUUGAAACCAAAAUUGAUUCAUUUCAUGUUACUGGCUUACCAGAUAAUUCGACAAAACCCCGCCUCCUGUCUUCAUUGGAUGAUGCUGCAUCACUCUUCCAAAUUAUAUUUGAGAUAAAUCCUUUAGAUGAAACUGUUGCUCAGAGGUGUAUCAUAGAAGCUGAACCUUUAGAAAUGAUAUAUGAUGCAAGAACAGUAAAUAGUAUAGUGGACUUCUUCAGACCUCCAAAAGAGGUAAAUCUAGCACAGCUCACAUCAGCGACUUUGACAAAACUUGAAGAAUUUCGUGACAAGACAGCAACAGGUCUACUGUAUAUUAUUGAAACACAGAAAGUUCUUGAUCUCAAAAUUAAUUUGAAGGCUUCAUAUGUUAUUAUCCCACAAGAUGGAAUUUUUAGCCCUACAUCAAAUCUUCUUCUUUUGGAUCUUGGUCAUCUAAAGGUGACAAGUAAAAAUCGUUCGGAAUUGCCAGAUAUGAAACCAGGUGGGGCCAGUCUUGAAGAGAUCAUGCAGAGAGCUUAUGAUUCCUUUGAUGUUCAGCUUACAAGCAUACAGCUGCUUUACAGCACAGUUGGUGAUAAUUGGAGAGAAGCACGAAAACUCAAUGUAUCUACACAGCAUGUUUUGGUACCUAUGCACUUUAAUGUGGAGCUCUCGAAGGCCAUGGUUUUCAUGGAUAUAAGGAUGCCCAAAUUCAAGAUUUUUGGAAAGUUACCACUGAUUUCUCUACGAAUCUCAGAUAAAAAACUGCAAGGAAUUCUGGAAUUGAUUGAAAGCAUUCCGAAACCCACACCUGCAACUGAAACAUAUGCCCCUGCCAAACCAUUUCAGAUGCAAAGGUCCACCUCUGUGGGAACAACACAGAUUUCACAGAAAAUGCUUCCUUUCUUGGAACUUCCAUGUGUUGAUGAUGAUUCAGAGGAAGAAUUUUUUGAUGCACCGUGUAGUCCCUUGGAUGAACCUCCUCAAUCUCCCUUUGAACUUCAAAGUUAUCAGCCGAAGAAGUUUCAAAAGCUGUAUUGUUCAAAAAAUAUGAUUCAGUGUAAAAUAAGAUUUGAAGUGCCAGAGGUUUUGAUUCAGUUUUAUCACCUUGUUGGAGAUUGUGAACUACCUGUGGUAGAGGUUGAUGUUUUAGGGUUGGGCACAGAUGUGGAAUUUAGAACAUUUGAUUUGAAAGCAAAUGCCUUUUUGAAAGAGUUCUGCCUAAAAUGCCCAGAAUACUUUGGUGCAAACAAGAAACCAAUUUAUUUGAUUACAACACUGGAUAAUACUAUGGAAGAUCUGCUAACCUUGGAAUAUGUGAAGGCUGAAAAGAAUCUACCCAACUUGAAAAGUGCUUACAACAAUGCUCUGCAACUGAUUAAGGUGAAUUUUUCCUCUUUGGAUAUUCAUUUGCAUACCGAAGCACUUCUGAAUACAAUAAAUUAUUUUAAUAAUAUACUUCCACAAUUGGAAGAAAAACCGGCCCCAGUGUCUGUCGCAGAGACUGAAGACAAAGGAGAGGUCAUUAAAAAAAUGUCUUUAAAACUAUCCAAGAACGAGGAUAUUAUUACCUUGCAGAUUUUAGCAGAAUUAUCUUGUUUACAGAUCUUUAUUCAAGAUCAGAAACGUAACAUUGCUGAAAUUAAGAUUGAAGGGCUUGAUUCUGAGAUCAUUAUGAGGCCUGCUGCAACUGAAAUAAAUGCAAAGCUAAGGAAUAUAAUUGUUUUGGAUUCUGAUAAGACAGCUGUGUACAAAAAGGCUGUUUACAUCACUGGAAAAGAAGUGUUUAGCUUCAAAAUGAUUUCUUUUGUGGAUGCAACUGCUGGUUCGGCAUACACAGAUAUGAAUGUGGUUGACAUUCAAGUUAAUUUAACUGUUGGUUGCAUUGAAGUAGUUUUUGUCACAAAAUUUCUUUAUUCUAUAUUGGCUUUUAUAGAUAACUUUCAAGCGGCUAAACAAGCCUUGGCUGAGGCUACUGCUCAGGCAGCAGGAAUGGCUGCUACUGGUGUAAAAGAAUUGGCUCAGAGGAGUUCUAGAAUGGCAUUGGAUGUUAACAUCAAAGCCCCAGUGGUGGUCAUCCCACAGUCUCCGGUUUCUGAAAAUGUUUUUGUUGCUGAUUUUGGACUAAUAACAAUGACAAACACAUUCCAUAUAAUAGCAGAGAGCCAGAGUAACCCCCCACCUGUUAUUGAUCUGAUAACAAUAAGGCUGAGUGAAAUGCGGCUAUACAGGACUCAAUUUAUUGAUGAUGCAUACCAGGAAGUACUAGAUCUGCUAUUACCAUUAAAUCUUGAGGUGAUUGUUGAGCGAAAUUUAUCUUGGGAGUGGUACCAGGAAGUUCCUUGUUUUAAUAUAAAUGCUCAGCUAAAGCCCAUGGAGUUCAUUCUUAGUCAAGAAGAUAUGACAACUAUUUUUAAAACAUUAUAUGGCAAUAUAUGGUACAAAGAAGGUGGUGGUGCCUCACCUGCAGGAGUAAAAGAACAGAAUAGUGUUAAUAGUGGGGCUACUAAUGCUUCACACCAUUUAGAAGGAACAACUGUAGUGACUGCUGCUGUGGUAGAAAUCCAUUCACAGGCCUCUCAAGUUAAGACAACACUGAAUAUGAGCUUCAGAACCGACUAUCUCACCAUGGUCCUGUACAGUCCGGGUCCCGACCAGACUUCCUUUAUGGAUGUUCGUGAUCCUUCUCUGAAACUUGCUGAAUUUAAGUUGGAGAAUAUCAUAAGCACUGCAAAAAUGUAUACAGAUGACUCAACAUUUUCUUCCUUUUCAUUAAAAAACUGUAUUUUAGAUGAUAAAAGGCCUCAUGUCAAGAAGGCAACUCCUAGAAUGAUAGGACUGACAGUUGGGUUUGACAAAAAGGACAUGAUGGAUGUAAAGUACAGAAAAGUCAGAGAUGGUUGGACAACUGAUUUAGUCCUUCAAGAGAUGUAUAUUUGUGCAAGUGUGGAAUUUCUGCUGACAGUUGCAAAUGUCUUUCUUGAGGCCUACACCACAGGCACUGCUGUAGAAACCAGUGUUCAAACAUGGACUGCUAAGGAAGAAGUACCUGUACAGGAGUCAGACAAAUGGGAAGUUAAUAUUAUUAUUAAAAAUCCCGAAAUUGUGUUUGUGGCUGAUAUGACAAGAAGUGACGCUCCUGCCUUAGUCCUUACAACACAAUGUGAAAUUUGUUGGAAAGGUGACCUUGAGAACAAUACAAUGACUGCUGCCAUUAAAGAUCUUCAAGUGAGAGCAUGCCCAUUCCUUCCAGUCAAGAGAAAAGGCAGAAUCACUACGGUUUUGCAACCCUGUGACUUGUUCUAUCAAGCUACUCAAAUAAGUACAGAUCCACAAGUGAUUGAUAUAUCAGUAAAGUCCCUCACACUAAAGGUUUCUCCAGUUAUCAUAAAUACUGUGAUUACCAUAACAUCAGCACUUUAUACAUCCAAGGAUACCAGCCCACGAGAAACUACUUCUUCUGCAGCUCAUUUAUGGGAAAAGAAGGAUACGAAGAAUUUAAAAAUGUGGUUUCUUGAAGAACCAAAUGAAACUGAAAACAAAGCUCCCACAACUGAAUUGGUACUCAAAGGAGAGAUGAUAAAAGUGAACGUUGAUUCUAUUUUUAUAGUUCUUGAAGCUGGAAUUGGUCAUAGAACAGUGCCUAUGCUGUUGGCAAAGUCACGUUUUUCAGGGGAAGGGAAAAACUGGAGUUCCUUGAUAAAUCUCUACUGUCAGCUUGAACUAGAAGUGCAUUAUUACAAUGAAAUGUUUGGUGUUUGGGAGCCUUUGCUUGAACCCUUAGAAAUUGAUCAGACUGAGGAUUUUAGACCAUGGAAUCUUGGAAUCAAGAUGAAAAAGAAAGCAAAAAAGGCCAUUGUUGAGUCAGAUACUGAAGAAGAAAAUUACAAAGUGCCAGAAUAUAAAACUGUUAUAACUUUCCAUUCAAAAGACCAGCUAAACAUUACAUUAUCCAAAUGUGGCCUUGUAAUGUUAAAUAAUUUAGCCAAGGCAUUUACAGAAGCUGCCACUGGAGCUUCAACCGUCUUCAUACGGGAUCUAGCGCCAUUUAUGAUUUUAAAUUCUCUUGGACUUACUGUCUCUGUUUCACCAAGUGAUUCAUUUAGUGUACUUAACGUUCCAUUGGCAAAGUCAUACGUAUUGAAAAAUGAGGAGAGUUUAAGUAUGGACUAUGUGGGAACUAAAGACAAUGAUCAUUUCAAUGCAAUGACCAGCCUAAGCAGUAAACUCUUCUUCAUUCUUCUCACACCUGCUAACCACUCUACUGCUGAUAAAAUUCCUUUAACAAGAGUGGGACGACGACUGUACACUGUAAGACACAGAGUGUCUGGAGUUGAAAGAUCUAUUGUUUGUCAAGUCGAUGGAGUGGAAGGAAGUAAGAAGAUAACAAUUCGCUCCCCAGUGCAGAUUAAAAAUCAUUUUUCAAUCCCACUUUGUGUUUAUGAAGGGAACACUUUAUUGGGAACGGCUUCACCUGGAAGUGAAUUCAACCUACCAUUAACAUCUUACCGAUCACCCCUUUCUCUGAAGCCAGAAGAUGAGGACUAUCAAGGGUGUGAAAGAAUGGACUUUGAAGAAAUUAUAAAAAGUGAUGGCACUUUUCUAAAGAGGAAAUGUAGAUCUAAAAAUGCUGCUAAGAAACCGUUUAUCAUUCAUGUUGUCCCAGAAAAAGAUGAUUUGGCUUCUCUGUCAGUGUAUUCAGAAGAUGGCUGGGACUUACCAUACAUAAUGCAUUUGUGGCCACCUAUCCUGCUCCGAAAUCUUCUUCCUUAUAAAAUUGCUUAUUAUAUAGAGGGGAUUGAACAUAAAGUUUAUACUCUAAAUGAAGGACAUUCAGCCCAUAUUUGUACUGUGCAGUUGGAAAAAGCCAAACUACAUUUAAAAUUACUUGACUAUCUUAAUCAUGAUUGGAAAAGUGAAUAUUAUAUAAAACCUAACCAGCAAGAUAUUAGUUUCAUCAAUUUUACCUGUGUUACGGAAAUAGAAAAGACUGAUUUAGAUAUUGCUAUCCAUAUGACUUAUAAUACCGGCCAGACAGUUGUGGCAUUUCAUAGUCCUUACUGGAUGGUCAAUAAAACCAGUCGGAUGUUACAGUACAAGGCAGAUGGAAUUCACCGAAAGCAUCCACCUAAUUAUAAGAAGCCAGUUCUGUUUUCUUUUCAACCAAAGCACUUUUUUAAUAAUAAUAAGGUUCAGCUUAUGGUAACUGAUAGUGAAUUGUCAGAUCAGUUUUCAAUUGAUACUGUUGGUAGUCAUGGAGCUGUUAAAUGUAAAGGCCUGAAAAUGGACUAUCAAGUUGGUGUCACUAUAGACCUCAGCAGUUUUAACAUUACCAGAAUUGUGACAUUUACUCCUUUUUACAUGAUUGAAAACAAAAGCAAAUAUCAUAUAUCAGUGGCUGAACAGGGAAAUGAUAAAUGGCUCUCUCUUGAUUUGGAGCAGUGUAUCCCCUUUUGGCCAGAGGAUGCUUCUAAUGCACUUCUUAUUCAAGUUGAAAGAAAUCAAGGCCCUCCCAAAAAGAUACAUUUUAACAAGCAAGCAAAUUGUAUUUUAUUGCGUCUGGAUAAUGAGCUUGGAGGUAUUAUAGCAGAAGUUAAUUUGGCUGAGCAUUCUACGGUUAUUACAUUUUCAGAUUAUCAUGAUGGAGCAGCUCCCUUCCUAUUAAUAAAUCACACUAAGAGUGACAUUGUUCAGUACAAUCAAAGUUCCCUCAGUGAAAUAGAAGAUUCCCUCCCUCCCGGAAAAGCAGUAUUUUAUACUUGGGCUGAUCCAGUGGGCUCUAGAAAGCUGAAGUGGAGAUGUGGAAAAAGCCAUGGUGAAGUAACACAAAAGGAUGAUAUGAUGACACCUAUAAAUUCAGGGAAAAAGACGAUUUAUUUAGUUUCAUUCUUUGAAGGCUUACAGCGCAUUAUUUUAUUCACUGAAGAUCCAAGGGUAUUCAAAGCAACAUAUGAAAGUGAGAAAGCAGAGUUAGCAGAGCAAGAAAUUGUGUUGGCCUUACAAGAUGUUGGAAUUUCUCUCGUCAACAACUACACAAAGCAGGAGGUAGCCUAUAUUGGCAUUACAAGUUCUGAUGUGGUUUGGGAGACAAAGCCCAAGAAGAAGGCAAGAUGGAAGCCAAUGAGUGUAAAGCACACUGAGAAGUUAGAGAAGGAAUUUAAGGAAUAUACUGAAUCUUCACCUGCAGAAGAUAAGGUUAUCGAAUUGGACACUAACAUUCCGGUUCGCUUCACACCUAGUGGUACUAACAUGAAAAUUCUGCAGCCACAUGUAAUAGCUAUAAGAAGAAAUUAUCUUCCAGCAUUAAAAGUAGAAUAUAGCACAUCUGCACAUCAGUCAUCAUUUAGAAUUCAAGUUUACAGAAUACAGAUCCAAAACCAGAUACAUGGUGCUAUAUUUCCAUUUGUGUUUUAUCCAAUUAAACCUCCCAAGUCGGUCACCAUGGAUUCAGCUCCAAAGCCCUUUACAGAUGUCAGUAUUGUCAUGAGAUCUGCAGGGCAUUCCCAGAUAUCACGUAUUAAGUAUUUCAAGGUGUUGAUCCAAGAAAUGGACCUCAGGUUAGAUCUUGGAUUUGUCUAUGCUUUAGCAGAACUUAUGACAGAAGCCGAAGUGACUGAAAAAACUGAGGUUGAACUUUUUUAUAAAGAUAUAGAAGCUUUCCAAGAAGAAUAUAAAACAGCUUCAUUAGCAGAUUCAUCACAAGUCAGUCUCUAUGAAUACUUCCAUAUAUCUCCUAUCAAGUUGCAUUUAAGUGUUUCACUGAGGUCGGGCAGAGAAGAAGCUAAAGAUUCAGAACAACAGGAAGGACUCGUGGCCGUUCGCUCUUUAAAUCUUCUCCUGAAGAGUAUUGGUGCCACCCUUACCGAUGUACAAGAUGUAGUUUUUAAGCUUGCAUUUUUUGAGCUGAACUAUCAGUUCCGUACAGCAUCUGAACUACAGUCUGAAGUAAUAAGACACUAUUCGAAACAGGCCAUUAAGCAAAUGUAUGUACUCAUUCUUGGACUUGAAGUUUUGGGAAAUCCCUUUGGCUUGAUUAGAGAAUUUUCUGAAGGUGUGGAAGCAUUUUUUUAUGAACCGUACCAGGGAGCCAUACAGGGUCCUGAAGAGUUUGUGGAGGGGAUGGCACUAGGACUGAAGGCAUUAGUUGGUGGAGCUGUUGGUGGAUUAGCCGGUGCUGCCUCCAAAAUCACCAAUGCUAUGGCUAAAGGGGUGGCAGCUAUGACCAUGGAUGAAGACUACCAGCAGAAGAGGAGAGAAGCCAUGAAUAGGCAGCCAGCCGGUCUUAGAGAAGGCAUCACUCGUGGAGGAAAAGGCUUAGUUUCUGGUUUUGUAAGUGGCAUAACAGGAAUUGUUACAAAACCGAUCAAAGGAGCUCAAAAAGAAGGAGCAGCUGGUUUCUUUAAAGGUGUUGGGAAGGGUUUAGUUGGAGCAGUGGCAAGGCCAACUGGAGGCAUCAUAGACAUGGCCAGCAGUACAUUUCAGGGAAUAAAAAGAGCUACAGAGACUUCUGAUGAAGUGGAGAGCCUGCGGCCCCCGCGAUUCUUUAAUGAGGAUGGAGUCAUCAGACCUUACAGGUUGAGGGAUGGGACUGGAAACCAGAUGUUACAGAAAAUUCAGGUCUACAGGGAGUGGAUUAUGACUCACAGUAGCAGUAGUGAUGAUGAUGAUGAUUAGUCAGAUCUGAAAUGUUAAAUUCAUGUUCUUUGUCAUUUUAUUUGGAAUGUUUCGUUAACAUGUUCUGUAUGACUGCUACCACAACGCCCAUAUGUCCAAUGUUAGGGUAUUAAAAUACUUUUUCCUUUUAAAAUGUUUUUCUACAUGUUUACAGAAAGCAAAGGAAUUACAUUAUUUAAGCACAGAAAAAAAUGUAUUCUACAUCCAAAGUAGGGCAUACUCUAUAUUCUAGCAUUUGCUUGUAUAUGUUUUGUAGCUUUGCAAUGCUGAGUUCAUCUUCAAGAUUUAAAAGUUAAAUAUUUUUUUAAUGUUCACUAGUUUUAUUUCAUGUACCUGCUUAUUGGCAAAAUACCAUUUUUAAUAUUCUCUGUAAAUUUUCUGGGCUAUAAUAGAAUGCCAUCGUAUAAAAAAGAAUAGUAAUACCUAGUCAGUAUUUUAUAUUUAGCAUUUUAAGAGUGUUUUUGUCAAAUUUCGUUUAAUAAUAAUAAAUUUAUGUAACUUCAAGCAAUAUGAAUUUGUUGUUCUCUUCCAAAACCACAUGGGUUGUACUGCUAUUGUAAGGAACAUUCAUGAUUUGUUUUGGACAUUAGUGACAUAAUUUAUAGUCUUACAAAGAAAAAGGUUCUAUUCUUUGGUUCACUUUUUAUUUCAUUACAUAUGUAUAUAUACAAUGAACAAAGUUGGUUUUAUAGUCUUUAUAUUUACUUAUUAACCUAAAUAUCCGUAUGCUGUAUCCCUCUUAUAAAAUAUUAAAAGUUAAUUCAGGACAUCAGAAGAAUUUUUAUAGCGAGCAGAAUUAUGUAUGUUUUUUUCUUGGUUGUAUUGGAAAAUGUUAUCCAUGUCUCUGAAAGAUCAAUGAGCAGAACUGUUUGUUUUGUGCACUUGAAGGGUUUUCUUUAAUUUUCAAUUUAAAUAAAACUAUUCUGUCCUGUUUCACGAGUAAGUUAGAUAUACCAAAAAAAAAAAAAAUCCUCUAAAGAGUAAAUGACUAUUAGUAUAAUAUGAUGGGGUUUUCUGAAAUUUUUAUUUAGAUUCCAGUGUAGUUAACAUACAGUGUAAAACUGGUUUCACAUAUAUGAUACAGUGAUUCCGCACUUCCAUACAUCACCUGGUGCUCAUCACAUGUGCACUCCUUAACUCCCCAUCCCCUGCUUCAGUCUCUCCACUCACCUGCCCUCUGGUAAUAACCAGUUUGUUCCCGGUGCUUAAGAGUCUGUUUCUGUGUGUGUGUGUGUGUGUGUGUGUGUGUGUGUGUGUCUCUCACAGUAAUAUGAUGUUUAAUCCCUAUGGCUGCUGUGCUUUGGGAUCAACAAAGAAACAUUUACCUUAUUUAUGUUAAUCAGUUUGUGUAUAUUGAGCUUAUAUUAAUUAGAUUAUAGUAAAUAACUGCCUUCAUUGUUCAACUUUUGCUUAAUUGAUUCAGCCCAUGAUUUCUAAUUCUUAAGUUUACCAACAUCUUACUUCUAUAAAUCAGUAUUCUCUUUUUCUUAGAAAAGGAAUGACUAUUUUAAUUUUUUAAUAUUGAGCUUACAAAAAAGGAUGCUAAAAAGUAUUAAGACAUUUCUUCUGAAAUACCUACCUGCCUAACAUUCAUUUAAAUUAAGUAGGAAUUAAGGUUGUGUGUACUAGGACUAAGAAAUAUGUGAGUGUCAAAGAAUGUAAUUAUUGUUUUCCUCAAAAUAGCAUUCUCAUCUUUUUGGAAUAAGUGAAUGCAUGAGAACAGUUACCAUUAAAAUAGUCAUGACUGUUGUUGGAGACUGGUAUCUGGUCCCCACUGGUUUCUCUCACCCUUGGCCAAAUCAUACAAAACCUCCUCCUCCUACAAGAAGCUAGAGAGAACACAACCCAUUGUUACGUAUUGUUGUAUGCCUUAGGAAGGAGAGGUCUGGAAAUGUCUUCAUUGGCUUUUUACAUUUCAGCUAGGCAUGGGGCCUUUCUAAAAGGGAAAAAUGCUAAACUUCUCGAUUCCAAGGCAUUUACUGAGUUUCCUGUGGUUGGUCUGUGACACUUAAGACUAUGGUAUAGUUCUCAUAAAGAUUCUUAAGAAUUUAUCUGCAAAAGGAAGGUCUGGAUAGUUCAGCAUUGACUUGCCAUUUUAAUGCAAAGAAAAUUGUAAGUAAGAUUGCAUUUGUUUAAAAUCCCUUGAAAAGUGAAAUGAUUUAAAACAAUACUCUGGUAGCUAGUAAAUUGUUACGUGGCUCAUGUCCUAAGGAUUCAUCAGUCUUAAGUUUUUAACCCUUAGAAGUGAAAUAUGUUCUUUGACAGUAUGAUUGCCCUUGUUUUUUCUGUUUGUUUUCCUGCCACAGUGAAAAAAUCUUUUCAAGCUUCUUUGACUAUUUUUCCAGUUUAAAAAAAAUCGUGUUUUUUAUUAGAGAAAAAUUCAAGAUUUAAGAUUACACUAUUUAUACUAAUGUGCUCUUGUUGGAGAUAAAGGACAUGGACAAAUACCUUCUUACUCCAUCAAAUAAGCAGAAAAUGAGUUCAACUGUGGCACUUUCAUGAGAUGAAUAGUUCUUUUGUUUAUUAGAGGCUCUAUAAUUAAUUAGAAUUUUAAAAUGGGAGUAUGAUCUAAUGAGAAAGUCUAGAGACAAAGCCUCAUUUGAAAGGUUGAUUAUGAGAUACCACACCUGUCCAUAUCCUUUAUUUAUAUUCUGCAUUUCUCCACGGUCACUGCUUAUGUAUAGAAAAAGGGAAGGAGCAUCUUUCUCUCUUCUCUAAGGGAGUAAUUACUCAUUCUUUAUUUGCCUUUGUAUUUACUUGACUCGAAUAACAUACUGAAAACUGGCAGGAAGAAAAAUCCAUAAAAAGCCUUGAAUUGUGAACACCUGUCACCAUGAAUAAACUUAUAAGAGCAGCCUGUGAAUGAAAUAAGAUGAAUUCAAUAUAGCAAAUGUAAAUCCAGAGUAAUACAGCUAUCAAUAUUCCUUACGAAACAAGAAGUCAGAAUAAAUUUCAAUUUGUUUCUGUGCUUAAAAUUCUGGAUUUUAUAAACUUUGCUUUUUUGAAAUUGUUCAAAAUAGAUACCAAUGUUAAUCAGUUGAAAAUCAGUUGAUUUUCAAGUCAUGUUAUUAAAAUUUGCAAAUGGGGCCAUUGUAGAUCUAUGACUAAGGCAUCAAUAUUCAACAUGAAAUAUAUGCUAUCAUGUUUACACCCAAGGUCAUAUAAAGAAUGAUAGCUGCAGUCGUAGUUUGUCUGAUUUAAGUCCUGUGGUGAAAUUUAGCUUCAUACUUUCCUGUAGUAAUGAGAGGAAGACCAAAAACAACCAUCCUAAGUGUUACUGUGUACUCAUACUGUACCUUCCUUUGGGUUUUGUUUUAGAGAUUUCCUUGCAAAUGCAGAAUUUAUUAUUUAUAAUAGUAAAAAAUAUUAGAGGUUUUAUGGGGUCUAAAUAAGAUACACGGUUAUUCAUUUAGAUCAAGUAAUAAUUAUGAUGGACAUAUAAAAACAGCAGUUUCUUUAUUCUAUCCCUGCACCUUAGGGAUAAAUGGAGAUUGAUUAAAAAUGUUAAGAUUGUUAAUUUAAUCUUUAAUUUCAGUGUAUGAAUGUUUGAAUUGAUGAAAUGCAGUGAGUACACUUAAUACAAUACAAAACAUUACUAAAAGUCCUGAAUCAGAGAAGAAUAAAACACAUGAUUUCAAAUAGGUAUGUGUUAGGGAGGUAAUUAGAAUAAUUUAUGAUUUUCAUACAUAAGGGUUUAUGGUUGGUUAGUUUUAAUGUGGCAGACCAUUUUCAUGUACAUCAUUAUCUCAAUCAGUGUGAUGAAUUUAUCCAGCAACAGUGUACCUCUAAAAAAAAUGAGCCUAAAAUUAAAUGUCUAAUAACUUUGUAAAAUUGGUUUUUAAUAUAGCCCUCUUUCUUUUUUUUUAAUAUAAAUAUCCUAAACAGUGGAAAUUAUAAUACAGAUACGUACUAAGUUGCAGUGUGCCUUUGUUCUGAAUCUUAGACAUGCAUAAAUAUCUGAGCAUUCAAAAUAAUAUAGUUAUUAUUAGCUUUUUUAAAAAAAAACAUCAGGAUUGUCAGAAACUUAGCUAAAUAUAUAUAUAUAUUUCUUAAUUGGGUAUGCUGUGUUUUUCUACCCUAAGUUAU